AUGGGCGAAUCCGACGAAUCAUUCUUGCCGCAAAUCAUUGGCCUUUUCUACGCGACUUUCGACCCUCGGCUGGGUCCGACCGUCACGCAUCAAGUUCCCGAAAACCUCAUCACAUCCCUAUCUACCUUGGACGAACCUCUUACAUCUCGCUCGCGGUCUAUCUCCAGGUCUCGCUCCCGCUCCCGCUCCUCAUCCCCAUAUCCACCUGCAUCUCCUAUCGCCCAUCUCCUCGAAUUCGCCCCUAUAUCCGACUAUGUCAUCCCCAAAAAGUCCCUAGCCGAGAAGCUCGUCACGCUCUUGACUACUGGCGAUGAUGAUGGGAGAAGGGAGGAGUACAGGAUUAUGGGGUAUCCAUGUGUCCUGAAUGGGGAAGGAGGGCGGUAUGUCCGGAACGAGUACAUGUGGAAUUUGUGCUUUGUCUUCGAGGCGAAGAGCAGUCUGGAGGCGUUCGAGCCGGUGGUCAGGAAGUGCGCGAGGAUACUGAGAUCUGCAGAGCUUGACUCAGCAUACCUAUCGGCGCCCAACAGCGAGCACACUCCUCUCCUGGCUGUUCUCGAGCAGCUUUUCGAGGAUCUGAACUCGUACUCGGAAACGAGCAUCCCGCUGGACGGGUUCAACUCGUUGGAGCUCAAGCUGUUCCCAUUCUAUCCCAACCCCACCGAAUGCGAAGACUGGCACGUCCCUGUCGCCCUCGUCGAUCUCAACGAGAUUAAAGACGACAACUGGGACAUCACUGCCGCUAGAGUCUCCCAGCACAUCGACGGCGUCAAUCAUGUCAAGCGGAUAGCAGAGCUGGCGGAUGCAGAUCCGGCCCUGACGCGGGAGACACUCAAGCACAUGCUUUACUACCAGGUCGUCAUGAUGGUCGACAUCUUCCAGUACUCCAACAUCUACACUGUCAAACCAAAUAUCACCCGCCUCUCUGCCGACCCCACCAUCAUCUCCGAAUGCGCCAGCUACGUCACGCGCAAAGGCUUUCCUCACUCCUCCUGGCCUAUCCUUCUCCGCCUCUACUCCAAGCUCCAUCCGGGAGUAACGGUACACGACUGGAUAGAAAGCAACGACAUCGUCAGCCUCGGUAUAGACGCGCGCCGCUUCGUCAGCUUUGGCAUCAUCAAGGGGUUUCUCCGCCGCGUCCAUCGGUGGCCAUUCCUCAUCGACCGCAAAUCACCCCUGAUCGGUCCGCCGGAAGCUCGACCUCGCAAGGUCGGCUUUGAUAGGCGGGCGGUACUCGGCUCCGGCACUGCCCUGCGGGACGGCCUCAAUCGGAGCGGUCCGGGAGAUAGCACCUUCACCCUCCGAUCGCAAGAAUCGCACGGAUCCGUCGGUCUCGGCAUUUCACCCUCCUCCAAUCGUACUCCCCCAUCCAUUACUCCCUCCCCUGCUCGGCGUACCGGCGCUCUGACGAGCAUGCGCGACUCGUAUCCCCGCUCCAUGGGCUCAGCGGCCGAGACCCAUCUCUCGACCGGGUCAAAGAAUAGGGGGAAUCUCCGCUCGGCGGUAUUGAGGGUCAGGGAGGCGGAAAGUAGGGCGAUGGAGGAGGAACUGGUGCGGUAUCUGGACGGGAUGCAUCAUGCGGAUGAGAUUCAGGUGUGCUUUAGGAUGGGGUGGAAGGAGCUGGAGCGGAUACUGGGGGUGGGGGAGGUUUUGGGUGGGAAGGGAAUGAAGGGGGUUGCUGUUAUCUAUAGGUAA